AUGAACAUCCCCGACACCACGCCCACCCCGUCACCCUUCCUGCAGUCCUUCAUCUCCCGGACGCUCCGUGUCACGACCACCGACACCCGUGUGUUCCUGGGCGAGCUCAAGUGUACCGAUAAAGACAAAAACCUGAUCCUCUCGUCGACACACGAGUACCGCUACCCAAGCGCGCAAGAUGUGAGCGCCGCGGCGGCGGCGGAGAAGGAGGGGGGGGAGACGGUGAAGCUGGACCUGAAGAGCCGGUAUAUUGGCCUUGUGGUGGUGCCGGGCGAGCAUGUGGUUAAGAUUGAGGUGGAGGAGAAAGGACAGAGGUGA